AUGAUGUUGCUGCGACGACUGUUGUAUUUUAUUGCACUUUUUUUGAGUGUUGCCUGCGUGUGUGUGGUGGCUGGAGAGACUGGAGAACAGGCAGAAAAUACAUGUACUGAUUCCUCAACUGUAUCUAAUGAUGGUGGUGGUUGUGAUACAGGCAAGAAGGGUUGCAAGUGUGAAAAUAAACCCAGUGAAGCUCCGCGUACUGAGUGUACGGAACCUGAGAAGGAGAAAUGCAGUAACGAGGAUGGUGGUAGUGAAGGAGAGUGCCGUAAAGAUACUACACCUCCUUGUCGACCAAAAGAACCAGCUCCCACUUCACCAAAGGAACCAGCUCCAACUACAAGGGUGUCUGAUGCAUCUGGUGGACAUCCUGGUGCUGUUGGACAAGUUAAAGGAGAUGGUGUUGGAGGAGGAGGAAGUGGAAUGGGAGGAAUAAGUGAUCCUGCGAGACACUCAUCACAACUACAGCAACAACAACAACUUCAAGGAGGCGGUCAAGGUCACGUUGCAGGAGAGGAAAUAAAAGAUGGUCUUGCUGAACGUAAGCCCGAUGCAACUGAAAAAAGGGAUAGGGAUGAAAACUCUGCAUUGAAACAACAGGGUGAAGAAGUACUUCAUGAAACAGCAAAAGGCCAAUCAGUUAUUACGAACCCUUCCCUUACCGCACAGCAAUCCGCCCCGAAAGAAAUUGCUGCACCCCAAGGUCCCACAGUUACUUCUACUACUCCUACUACUACUGGUAGUCCUGCUGAUCCUCUUGGUACGUCGUCAGAAAAACAGACACUUGAAGUACAACGUGGGAGUGAAAAGGAUGGUCAAGAUACAGUGGACUCUGCUAAUUCACAGAGCCAGAAUAUCAACGCUGAUGAACAGGCGUCUGAAGGUACACAGUCUAAAGAAGGUAUUGACACACAAUCAAAUGCUGAGAAUGGCACUACAACUGCAGAAAGUGAAUCAACAAACAACACAGGUGAUAUGGGUAAUACAGAUACAACCACCACCACCACCACUACUACAACAACAACACUUCCUCCUGAACUCACAAACAACAAGAAGGGUGAUGCAGACAGCAGCAACAGUAUCAGCAGUUCUGUGUGGGUGCGUGUACCACUACUGAUUGUGGUUACACUGGCCUGUAUUCUUGUGUGCUGA